AUGGUGAUUGUUUUCGCCCUGUGUGGGGUAAGUGUGUGCAAGGACCGGGAGUACUUCCUGGCGUCAGUGGAGGUGGACUGGGACUAUGCACCUACAGGAUCCAGUGUCGUCAAGGAUGAAGCAGGAUCUGCCAAAGCAUUCAUUGAGAAGGGUCCUGACCGGAUCGGAAGCAAGUACCGCAAGGCAGUAUUCAGUCUGUACACGGACAAGACGUUCACCAAGGAGGUGACCAAACCACUCUGGCUGGGUUUCAUUGGGCCGACUUUGAAGGGAGAAGUCGGGGACAAGUUGAUCGUACAUUUCAAAAACCUAGCGACUAAGCCGUACUCGGUUCAUCCCCAUGGCGUCAAAUAUUCCAAGUCAAAUGAAGGAGCUCUGUAUAGUGACGGAACUAAGGAUGGCGACAAGAUGGAUGACACAGUGGCCCCUGGUGGCGAACAUACGUACACAUGGGAGAUAACCGAGGAGUUUGGACCCACAUCUGACGACAAGGCGUGUAUACCCUGGGCCUAUCAUUCACACAGUAAGGACGCGUCGAAAGACACCAACAGCGGACUUUUAGGAACGCUGCUCACCUGCAAAAAGGGUGCCCUGGACGAGGAAGGUAAUCGGAAAGAUGUGGACAAGGAAUUUGUAGCUGUUCUGAAGAUCUUUGAUGAGAAUGAGAGUUGGUACCUGGACCAUAACAUGAACUCCUGUGUGGACCCCACAUGUUGUGUGGAUCUUGCGAAGGUCAAGGACGACGACUUUGCAGAGACGAACCUCAUGCAUGCACUGAACGGCUACGUGUAUGGCAACGGUCCCAAGUUCGAAGCUUGUUCCGGCGACAAGGUAGCAUGGUACAUCAUCGGCAUGGGCAAUGAGGAUGACGUACACAGCUUCAUGGUGGACGGGGAAAGUAUGACGUACGGGGACCACAGAGUUCUGUCAGUGGAUGUGUUCCCGUCCAAAUUUGUUUCAGCAGAAAUGGUGGCCAGUCGUCAAGGCUGGAAGCUUGUGUACUGCAAGGCGAAUGACCACUUUGACGAGGGAAUGCAAGCGUUCUUCAGUGUGAAAAAGUGUGCAGAUAAGCCGGAGCCUCUGCUGAAGGAAGGCAGUGUCCGCAGGGUGUUUAUGAUGAUCCAUGAAGAUGUGUGGGACUACCUGCCGUCGGGGGUGGACAAGCUCACAGAGAAAGCCCUCUUAGAUGACAGCCCAGAAUCUCAAUACUUCAUCGGCAAGUCCAACGCCAUCGGCAGCCAGUACCUCAAGGCACGGUUUGUGGAGUACGAGGACAAGGAGUUUGAGAAGGUGAAACCUCGAGGCCCGGACGACUUCCAUCUGGGGCUCCUGGGCCCCAUUAUCAGGAUAGAGGCUGGGGAGACUCUAGAGGUCACACUGUGGAACAACGCAUCACGGCCUUUCUCAUUCUACGCUCAGGGCCUCAUACAGUAUGGACAAGCAGAGAAAGAUGAUUCUGUGCAGUCCAUCACGACUGGGGGACAGGACUUCCGUAUGUACCGGUUCUACGUACCGGAGACGGCUGCACCAACCGACAAGGACACUGCAUGUGUGACCUUCAUGUACCAGUCCGCCGUGGACCCGGUCAAGGACAUCAACUCGGGCCUUCUCGGGCCGCUCCUGGUCUGUAAGCAGGGAUCCCUCGACGAGGAAGGCAAGCAGAAAGGAGUGGACAAGGAUCGGGUCUUGUUCUUUGGCGUGAUUGACGAGAACAAAUCCUGGUACCUGGACAAGAACAUGGAGAAGUUCACCAUAGCCUCCAUGAUAGACAAGGAAGAUCCAAAGUUUAUUGAAUCCAACAAAAUGAGAGGCGUGAACGGCCGGGCGUUCGGCAACCUGGGCGGUAUGGAGUUGUGUCGGGCGGAGCAGGUGUCUUGGCAUCUGUUCUGUGUAGGGGACCAGACCGACGUCCACUCCAUCUACUUUCACGGCAUGGACUUCGACGUGGACGGCAAUAUGAAGGACACAGUAGAGUUGGUGCCGGGCAAGUCGCUGUCGUUCGUCACGCUCAUGUCGCACAUAGGUAACUGGGGUGUCUUCGACCGGAACACCGACCACUUCCAGGCAGGGCUCAGCAUGCUGUACGAGGUGAAGGACUGCAACUACCUCCACCCAGCCCUCCUCUCUUACUCCCACCUUCCCAACCCCCCGAAACGACAGUACUACAUCGCUGCCAUGGAAACAGAGUGGGAGUAUGCUCCUUCAAAGAAAUCAGUCUUCGAUGACAGUGAGCUGACGGAUCCGAAAAGCAAGUCCUUUGCAUUCACACUUGACGACAACAAACACGUGGGCACCAAGUACCGUAAAGCUGUAUAUAAGGAGUUCCGAGACUCUGCUUUCAGCGAGCCCGUACACAAAAAUGAAGGAGACGACUACCUCGGAUUCCUUGGCCCCGUCGUCAGGGCAGAGGUGGGCGAUGUCGUGGAAAUUGUGUUUAAAAACAUGGCGUCACGAACAUAUUCGUUACAUGCUCAUCUGGUCAACACAAACAAGGCAAACGAAGGAAGCCUGUACUCAGACCGGACGGACACGAAAACUGACGAUGGGGUGCCCCCUGGCGGAUUUCAGGUGUAUCGAUGGGAGAUAACCAAGGGCCCUGGUUCGAAAGACCCGGGUUGUAUAUCAUCGAUGUAUUACUCCGCGCACAACCAGGUGAGAGACGCUUACUCUGGGCUGAUCGGUCCGCUGGUCAUCUGUAGAAAAGGAGUUCUUGGUAAAGGAAGAGUCCGGAAAGAUGUUGAUAAGGAAUUUAUUUUACUCUUCUCAAUCAUGGACGAAAAUCAAAGCUGGUAUAUCAUAUGGAAUCAGAAGAAGUUUGCAAGCAAUCAGAGGAACUACAGAGAUGAAGAAUUUAUAGAAAGCAAUAAGAUGCAUAUGAUCAACGGGUUUGUGUAUCAGUCACUUCGGGGUUUGACCAUGAAGAAAGGAGACACGGUGGCGUGGCACAUCCUGGGCUUCGGCGGCACACAAGACAUCCACACCGUGCACUUCCACGGUCAGACCCUACUCCAGCGUUCAGGGGGUGACCAGCGUACUGACGUCAUCACUGUGUUCCCCGAGACGGGGGUAUCAGCGAUAAUGAAGGCCACUAACCCCGGAACGUGGGCAUUGCAUUGCCACGUCAACGACCACAUACACGCCGGCAUGGAAACGACGUAUACCAUCUUGGACGUGGACGAAACGUCGGAGUAA